AUGUGUGAUGCUGGCGGUUACCGAGCCCUGCGGGGGAGAAGCGCAGGCCAACUCAAGGGCAGGCCCUGGGCAGCAGCCUUUGAGGAGUCCAGCUACGAGUACGGCUCCACGAAGUACCUACUGCUGUGCGGCCUGGGCGGGAUGCUGAGCUGCGGGCUGACGCACACGGCCAUUGUGCCCCUGGACCUGGUCAAGUGCCGCAUGCAGGUGGACCCCAGCAAGUACAAGGGCAUUCUGAGCGGCUUUGGCGUGACACUGCGGGACGAUGGGCUGCGCGGCCUGGCCCGAGGCUGGGCCCCGACCUUUCUGGGCUACUCCAUGCAGGGCCUCUUCAAGUUUGGCCUCUACGAGGUCUUCAAAAUCCGAUACGCGGAGCUCCUGGGCCAAAAGAAGGCCUAUGAAUGGAGAACCGGGCUGUACCUGGCCGCCUCGGCCAGCGCCGAGUUCUUCGCCGACGUGGCCCUGGCCCCGAUGGAAGCAGUGAAGGUUCGCAUGCAGACGCAGCAGGGCUAUGCCCGCACGCUCCGGGCCGCUGCCCCCAAGAUGUACGGCGAGGAGGGCCUGUGGGCCUUCUACAAAGGCGUGGCGCCACUCUGGAUGCGCCAGAUCCCCUACACCAUGAUGAAGUUCGCCUGCUUCGAGCGCACGGUCGAGGCGCUCUACAAGUACGUGGUGCCCAAGCCGCAGAGCCAGUGCACCAAAAGUGAGCAGCUGGCCGUGACCUUUGUGGCCGGCUACAUCGCUGGCGUCUUCUGCGCCGUGGUGUCCCACCCAGCGGAUUCCGUCGUGUCCGUUUUGAACAAGGAGAAAGGCAGCACGGCCUUCGAGGUUCUCCGCACAUUGGGGUUCAAGGGCGUGUGGAAAGGCCUGUUCGCCCGGAUCAUCAUGAUUGGCACCCUGACUGCCCUGCAGUGGUUCAUCUACGACUCUGUCAAGGUCUAUUUCAAAUUGCCUCGCCCUCCAGUCCCUCAAGCGCCCAAAUCCCGAAAGUAGGCAUGGAUUGGAAGACUCCUGUGGCCACCGUUGGCCAGUAUUCCGAUUCCGUGGGGGAUUAUGUUCAAAUAAUACUAGUGCGUAGGAUGUUAACGUUUAUGGGGAGGUGACAAUGUGCAGACCUAGUUUUCUUUAAGUGAUUGAUUCCUGCUUUUUGGCAAUCCUAGAGAAUUGCAACCCUUUCAUUUGGGGGUUUGGACCAUUGUCUUUGGGGAAUCAGCGUGGUUGCUUUAACUCAAUAGCUUUUCAGCAUUAUAAGGGGAAAAAAUUCUCAACAGGAAGUAAUGUUAGGUGAUUUAGUGCCUCUAGGUUGUCUCUCCUUUGAUUCACCAUUCAGUGGAGAUUAUCCAAGCAUCACUACAAAAGAGCCUACUGAUGAGGUUUCAAGGUCAGCCCAACUAUAUGGGACAGAGAACAAAGUAAAAUUCUGCUACAUGGUGCUCAUCUCAAUAGAAAUCAUGCACCUAUUGAAUAGAUGAAGGAUUUGUUCCAUAUUUCUUGUUCCUGUCCAUUGCAGAUAAAAAUUAUUAAAAGUUAAAUUGUGACUUACAUUUCCUGAUAGCUUAGAAAGCAUUCACUCUUUUCAAAGAGCAUGACAUGAGAUCUGCAUUUUCUCAUUUGGCUUUGCCCUAUUCUCUUCCUGAUGUUGCUGAUUAGAACAUAGCUCGCUCCAGGAAGUGCUACAAUUGGAUCAAUGUGGAAAACCAAGAUGAGAUGAAGGGCAGGCUCUGAGAAUAAAUAUGUAAAGAAAAGUCUCUGUUCUCUAAAGAUUUCUUUUGUACAAUUCAGCUUUCAACAGCCUUACAUCCAAAGAAGAUCAUACCAUCCUGACAUUUAAACACAGACAUACAUGAAACCCUACAAAUUCCAACAAUUUUUGGUUGAAUAUUAAUGGUUUUGGUGACUUUGAAAGAAAAAUCUCAUUUUUAAUGUAACAAAUGUCAUUCAUUUAACUUGGUAUGUCAUUCAUUUAUCUUGGUAGAUAUUUCAUUGAUCUUUGCAAUGGUUGAGGUUCUUAAAAUUUAUUGAAGUUAUAAAGCACAUUUUCAGUUUUCUGUAGCUUUCACAUCUCUGAUUGAGGAAACUAUAAAAUAAGUGAAAUUCUGUGAAUUAGAGAUGUUUGUAGAAUGUGAAUAAGAAACUCCAAUAUGAUAUUUGAUGUGAUUAACCAAAAUGUUGCACAAUUGCCCUAACACGUUGUAUUAAAAAACACAAACUUAAGAUAUGUUAAUGUUUUAACUAUGUAAUA